UGGCUGGGAGCGGCAAACCCUUGUCCCGCCCCUCGGGACACGCUCAUCAUUUUAAAGACACAAUUGAGGACCAGGUGGUCGAUCACCCCGAAGCCUUGGGGCCUCCCUCGGGUCUUUGCUCCCAGGGGCCUCGAGUCUCGCGGAGCCCAGGGCUGUAGAGAGACGCGAGCGGCGAGGGAAUCCGGAACGAUUUUUUCGCGGAACCACUGAGCUGAGGCCCCUAGGAACGCGUGCAGGGCCGGACCGCGACGAGCCGGACCAGAAGUGCAGGGAUGGCGGCGGCGGACGCGCGGCCAGGGACCGCGGUCCCCGUGGACCUGCGGCGCGAGCGGCGCAUGGUGUGCGUGGAGUACCCAGGCGUGGUGCGCGACGUGUCCAAGAUGCUGCCGACUCUGGGCGGCGAGGAGGGCGUCUCCCGGAUCUACGCAGACCCCACCAAGAGGCUGGAGCUGUACUUCCGGCCCAAGGACCCUUACUGCCACCCGGUGUGUGCCAACCGCUUCAGUACCAGCAGCCUACUGCUGCGGAUCAGGAGGAAGACGAAGCUGCAGCGGGGCGUGCCAGGUCCUGGGGGCCGCCCCGAGGUCACAUUUGACAUCGAGAUGCUUGGCGUCAUCUCCACCAUUUAUAAAUUUCAAGGAAUGUCCGACUUCCAGUACUUGGCUGUGCACACGGAAGCGGGCGGCAGGUGUGUGUCCAUGUAUGACAAGGUGCUCAUGCUGAAGCCCGAGAAGGAGAGCUUCUUUCACCAGGAGCUGCCACUCUACAUCCCCCCACCCAUCUUCUCUCGGCUGGACACCCCGGUGGACUAUUUCUAUCGACCAGAGACACAGCACCGGGAAGGCUACAACAACCCCCCCGUCUCAGGCGAGAACCUGAUCGGCUUGAGCAGGGCCCGGCGCCCCCACAAUGCCAUCUUCGUCAACUUUGAGGAGGACGAGGUGCCCGUGCGGCCCCUGGAGGCUGCGGUGCAGACGUGGAGGAGGAUUUCCACCAACCCCGUGGACCGGAAGGCGGAGGAGGAGCUGAGGAAGCUCUUUGAAAUCCGUCCCAUCUGGUCCCGGAACGCUGUCAAGGCCAACAUCAGCAUCCACCCUGACAAGCUCAAGGUCUUGCUGCCCUUCGUGGCCUAUUACAUGAUAACAGGCCCCUGGAGGAGCCUGUGGAUCCGGUAUGGCUACGAUCCCCGGAAAAACCCAGAUGCCAAAAUUUACCAAGUCCUUGAUUUCCGAAUCCGUUGUGGGAUGAAAUACGGUUACGCCCCUAGUGACAUGCCCGUGAAGGCCAAGCGCAGCACCUACAAUUACAGCCUCCCCAUCACUGUCAAAAAGAUGCCCAGCCAGCUCGUCACCAUGCAUGACCUGAAGCAGGGCCUGGGCCCCUCGGGGACAGCUGGCUCACGGAAAUCCACCUCUAACAAGUACAAGCUCAAGGACUCGGUCUAUGUCUUCCGGGAGGGGGCCCUGCCGCCCUAUCGACAGAUGUUCUACCAGUUAUGUGACCUGAACGUGGAAGAGUUGCAGAGGAUCGUUCACCGCAAUGACGGGGCUGAGAGCUGCUGCACGGAGCGCGACGGCUGGUGCCUUCCCAAGACCAGCGAUGACCUGAGGGACACCAUGUCCCUUAUGAUCCGGCAGACCAUCCGCUCCAAGAGGCCUGCUCUCUUCUCCAGCCCGAGCAAGGCCGACGGCGGGAAGGAACAGCUGACGUACGAGUCUGGGGACGACGAGGACGAGGAGGAGGAGGAGGAGGAGGACUUCAAGCCAUCCGACGGCAGCGAGAACGAGAUGGAGACCGAGAUUCUGGACUACGUGUGAUGUAACCUACGGCCACGGCGAGGCCUCCUACAGCCGGCGGGACUGGUAGCCGAGCCAGGACAGGGCCCAAGGAGACCCCUCGGGAGAGCUGGGGCCCCAGCACCGGGUGCAGCUGCCCCCGGUCCUGCCCGUCUGCCCCGGACACCUGCUGCUUCGGGCUGCCCUCUGGCCCGGCGCGCCUGGGGACAUCUCCAGAGGCCGUGACCUGGCUCUGCACAGCCAAGAGCUAGCCCAGCGUCCAGCGGGCUGAGCCGAUGGCCACCGCCUCCCUGGAGCCGAGAACAGCAGAAGCUGGGGGUGGAGAUGGUGUGACCGGGAGACACUGGUCUUGCCUUGGGAGCUUAUGCCUGACGCAGGCCUGGCCUGAGGAAGCUGGUCCAUGGUCGCGGACGGGCGAAGACUGUCUUUGCGUUUGGGGCCCAUCCACUUGGGCCCAGCUGGAAUCGUCCUGAUCAAAUAUACUUUCCCAAGGAA